GAAGCAAAUUCAAUUGAGGAUAGAGGAGGAAGGCAGCAGUCGACCGCCUCGCCGCCAUAUCUACACCGCUGCUGCCUGCGGAGCUGCGCGAACGUGUCCGGCCUUCAUCUGAACCAUCUCCCCUUUUCUGUAGCUGAUAUCAGCAAGACAGCAAGUCUCAAUCAUAUUCGAAAUCUGAUUUCAAUCUCUCAGCUCCCAGGUUAUUUUGUGUACUUCCAUUGCGAUGUCUUCAUUGACUGCAAGUACUGUUGCUGCCCCAGUAAAAAGACCUCAAGUAAAAAGCAGACGAAGACAGUGCAGAGGACAAUUUAAUUAUAUUAGAUUUGGACCUGUGGCUCCGGGCAUGCUAUCUUUUGAUUUUGGAAGAAGAAGCCCCAUUAGUCAUGCUAUCCGAAUGCAGACUGCUUCUGUAAUAUGUGGUGCUGCUUUAAAUGCCAGAUGUGCCGCAGAGCAGACUCAAACUAUUACACGCCAAUCUCAAACUAUUACCAUUUCUCCAUUACAAGGGAAGGAAAAGUCACCGGAACUUGAUGAUGGUGGGACUGGAUUUCCACCCCGCGAUGACGAUGGUGGCGGCGGUGGGGGAGGUGGUGGUGGAGGUGGUUGGGCAGGCGGUUUUUUCUUUUUCGGCUUUCUUGCCUUUCUGGGCUUCUUGAAGGACAAGGAAAAUGAGAGCCCUUACCAGGAGAGAAGGAGAAGAUAAGGUUUGAGGUACUUGUUUUUUUCCCCAUUUUUCAUGAUAGAGUCGAAACAUAACCCAUCCAACCACCCAUGCUGAUGCCUGCUUCACUUUGUUCCAUGGUGGGACAAUGUUAUAGUUUUACCUGCUGUGUGAAGCAAUCAUCCUUCCCACUUUCUACCAAAGGAUUGGCAAUUGCUGCAUUUGAACUUGCAAAAUGCUUUUACAGGCAGAAAAUUUUAUGGAUAUUUGUAAGCCAGUCACGUUGGAAACAUUUUUGGGUGUUAUAAUAUAUAUUUUUUUCAUAUA